CUUCAAUCAAUGCUCCUUACUUUUGUUCCUGUUGAGGCGAGAGGCCAUGACAGGCAUAAAUCGUUGCAGUGAAAUUUAUUUACUUUGGUUGCCAAAACAGGACGGCAAUGCACGUUAAUCUUUCGUUCAAAUGUCAAGGAGACCGCCAAUAACGAGACGAGGAAAGCGAACUGUCAAGAAUCCUGUAUACAGUGGGCGCAGCGACCAUGAGAGGGUAAAUAAAAACACCCUCAAGGGAGCGUCAAGGCUUCUGUUCAUCUAUAUCACACUUCUCGGAGCCUGCACUGCAAUUGGUCCCUAGUUUAUCAAGAUGGUAGUCGACUAUGACAACGAUCUGAUUCUUGUGACCUGCGCGAGUGGCAAGCAGGCACCUUACCUGCUUCGUCACCUCCAACCAAAAUGGAAACGUCUUCGGCUCACCGCGCACUCAGAUACCUCCGUCCAGCGCCUUAAGGAGCAAUAUCCCAAGGCUGAGGUGGUCAAAGCGGACAUGAACAACGCGGCCGACGCCUCCAGAUCGCUCUCAGGUGUAACCGCAAUCUGGCAUGUCGGUCCUUCCUUGCAUCCCCAUGAAUCCGAGGUGGGCUAUACCAUGAUCGAUGCUGCGGUCGUGGAGUCUCGACGACAAGGGUCGAACUUUCAGCAUUUCGUUUACAGUUCGGUCCUCCAGACGCAGUUGCGGAAACUCAUGAAUCAUAAUGCUAAGCGCUAUGUGGAGGAAUAUCUAAUGGAGCCCGGGCUGAACUUUACGAUAUUGCAACCAAGUCACUUCGUGGACGGAUUCUUCUCCAUCAUCUAUGAGGACCACGGAGAAGCUGCUGCCAAAGUGUUUGAGGAAAGAGAGAAGCAUUAUUUCGCCCAGUACCCAUUGGUCUCUACUUACCCAACUAACUACAAGUCCGUGGUAGAAGCCGCUAGUCGCGCUCUAGGCAAAGAGAUCAGAAUCGAGAGAAUUUCGUUUGAGCAUGCCUUGGAACGACUUCUGUUGUACUACAACCGGCGUGGCCUCCUUGGCAACCCCAAUGUGACCGAGUGGCUGCUGGGGAGAAGGCCGACGACCCUCGAGGAUUUCAUAGAGAGGGCAGUGAAGACCCAGGGGUUAGGUUGA